UCCUUCGUGAUUACUUGUUUACCGCAGCAAGGCAGGGGUGUGGUUAUAAAGUCCCGUAUUUCUCCUUGUAAAGUUGUUUCAUGUUGCUUUAGUAGUGCAUGGGUUUUGAACCUUGCGUUUUGCUCUUGUUGAAGCUACUGCCAGUGUUUUUACAGUUGAGUACGUUGUGAAACUUCGACUGUUCGGAUCCACUCAAAAUGAACAGGUUGCCACGCUUUCGCCACUACUGCACAGCGAAAAAGCUGUUUCCACCUGUUAUGACACCGAUGCUACCACCUGGCAGCUUCAAAAACAAGGUUGCAAUUAUCACUGGCGGGGGCACUGGGAUUGGCAAGGGGAUGACCGAGAUGUUUGCACAGCUUGGCGCCAGCGUCGCUAUAAUGAGCAGGAAACAAGAAGUCCUAGACAAGGCGGCCCAGGAGAUCUCUUCAAAAACUGGCAGCAAGAUCUUGGCCAUUGCAGCAGAUGUCAGAGACCCUUCUGCUGUAGCCGCAGCAGUAGAUAGGAGCGUUGGUGAACUUGGCUUGCCAGACAUAGUUGUCCACAAUGCAGCGGGAAACUUCAUCAGCCCUACUGAGAUGUUGUCCACCAAUGCCUGGAAGACUGUUGUAGACAUUGUGCUCAAUGGGACGGCCAUUGUGACUUUGGAUGUGGGCAAAAGGCUGAUUCAGGCGGGAAAAGGAGCAAACUUCCUGGCUAUCUCUGCAACCUACACUAACCACGGCACCGGAUAUUGUGCGCCAAGUGCAGCCGCCAAGAGUGGUGUCGAAACUCUCAUGAUGUCACUGGCAGCAGAGUGGGCAAAGUACGGUAUGCGCUUCAACUGCAUUGCACCUGGGCCUGUCUACACUAAGGGUGCGUCCAGCAGGCUAGACCCCGAUGGCCGCUUUACCGAAGAAGCUGUGAAGGGUGCCAUAGAGAGGCAAGGAGAAAUACCCGAGGUUGUCAAUUUGGCAGCCUACUUAGUCAGCGAUUACUCCAGUUGGCUGACAGGAGAGGUCAUUAGAAUUGACGGGGGUCACCUAAACUACCAUGCCAGCAUUUUCAACAGGCUUUCCGAAGUACCCAAGGAGCAGUGGAAAGUCCUUCAGGCGGCCAUCAAGAGUGUCAAGGGCUCGUGAUAAUCCUUGGUUUGACAAGAGUCGAGAGAGAUGUGCUUCUGAUCAACAAGGUCCACAGCACACUCUUCCGAUCUUAAACUAUGUUUCGAUGGUGUGAACUUGGGUAUUCACAUAGGAGGAUAGCGACUGACUUCCAUGAACUUCUCAAAUGACUGCAUAGUUUUGGCAGCAGCCUUGGUUUGCAUCCUGCAAGAUAACAGUGCCAUGAAACCAUGGACAUCUUAAACUGUUACGUUAAGGCUGCACUGUGUUGUUUGUCAGAGGGCUCCAGCCAUUUUCUCAUCAUGUCAAGGAGCAAGGUUCUUUCUUGGCAAGUUGAAGCUGCUUUACACAGCUGGCAAUCAGGUGGUGAUAUGCAAGAACAUAACAAAAAAAAUAUGUUUUAUGUCUGUAUUUCUGUUAGAAACAUGUUGUGUGUUGUUUUCUCUGGAAACGAACUCACUAACACUGUUUGGAACUUUUUGAGCAUAGUUACUUUUUGAAAAUUGCCAGAGCCAAUCUUAGCUGGAUAGCCUAAGUUAGUGCAAGAGUAUGUGUUCUCUGGCCACAUUAAUUUUGGUGCUACUAUCUCGUGGGUGAACUCACUUUGCUAUCACGCUGUCUAAGAUCAGCCCACUGACUAUUGCAUGUACCAGCCUUGGAUAUUGUUGUGUAGUACCCAGAAACUAGUGAGAGCAAGUUCAUCGAGCCAACAGGCUUAUGAAACCACAAACUCCUAGAAAGGAGGCAUAAUUAGGUUUUUUUUUUUUUGCUGAAGAAGCUGUGUUCUUUAUUACACAUACAUUGUUUUAUUAAGAUUGUCAAUAGUAUAUUUGUAUUUUUUUACCUUGUAAUGCCACAGAGAACAGUCAGCAAGUGGCGCAUUUGUAGAGGUAGUUUAUAUGUGGCUAUGUGCAAUGUACCAUGCCCUGAUAUAAAGAAGGCAUGCUGAAGUGGGUAGAGCUAGCAAAACGUGAAGUGAGGAUAUACUAGUGAGGAUACCAUGGUACGUCUUUGUCUGGUCCAGUGUGGUUCCCAUCAACUAUGUUCUGUGGCAUGAAAAGGUGCGCACCUCUUUGACGACCUCCCAAAAAAGAAGCUAAUGUGAUUCGUUGGCACACCUUUACAAAUAAUUUCGGACCUACAUCUGCAAAAUUAAUUUUUUGUCUGGGCAGUGUUUUGUGUUCUUAUGUGUAAUGGCAUUUUCAGGUUGUCACCAGCUGUAGUGUCUUCCAUGUCAUUCUGCACACGAAAGCAACCACCUAGUAAUUUUAAGGCCUUGUUAGCUCAAUUACAUGUUCAGCAGUGUAAGCAAGAGCGAGACUUCUAGUUGCCCUGACACUGACUGGGCCGCGUGAAUUCAUAAUCGUCUGUGAGAAGCUGGUUUACUGGCAGUGGUGUUUAAUUCAGUACUUACAUUCAGUAAAUCAAAGAACAGCAUCUGGGCUUAGUUUUCAUGUACCUUUAAAACCCUAAAUCGUCAUUGAAUUUUGUUCAGAUGGCAAUGAGCUCCAUUCAAUGUGGCAAAUUUCAUAUUUUACAUGUUUUGUAGAAAUUUGUUUUGAUUGUGGAAGGUUUCGAGCAAUGCUAACUGCUUGUGCCUUAGAUAAGUGUAUAUUUCUGGAAGAAUAAAAGAAAGGUUAUAUUCUUA